AUGCACGCGCUCUUUGGAGAACAGAGCCCCUAUGCGUACCGUGGUGGUGCAGCCAGCGGCUACUCAGCCGGAGUCACUCCAUAUGCUUACGAGCAGUACAGAUACGGAUAUGGAGCCCCGUACCUUCAUCCCCAUCAGCAACACGUCGGCGCGCCCAAGGAUAUGGUUAAACCUCCUUACUCAUAUAUAGCGUUAAUUGCUAUGGCUAUUCAGAACGCACCCGACCGUAGGAUCACUCUCAAUGGAAUUUAUCAAUUUAUCAUGGAACGCUUUCCGUAUUAUAGAGAAAACAAGCAAGGUUGGCAAAAUUCUAUUAGACAUAAUUUGAGCCUGAAUGAGUGUUUCGUCAAAGUAGCGCGUGAUGAUAAGAAACCUGGAAAAGGCAGUUACUGGACGUUAGAUCCAGAUUCGUAUAAUAUGUUUGAUAAUGGAUCAUAUCUUAGAAGAAGGCGCCGAUUUAAAAAAAAGGACGCUUUGAAAGAAAAAGAGGAAGCUCUGAAAAGACAGCAGCAGUUGCAACAAGCGCAAGAGGCACUAGCAGCCCAGGAAGCCCUGACUGCGGCAGAUGCUCUGGGGCAAUCACGCGACGUGAAACCUGAUGUAAAACCCCGAAUUUUCGAAUGCCGACCUAAAAGAGAACCUGGUGCAGAGUGUGCUCGUUACGAAAAACCCACAGAACCUCUAGAUGAAUUUAGUGAACCGCGGUUGCCACCUUCAGCCGUUUACUGUUCACCGCAGCCGUACGCACUGGCCGCUGAAGAAUUCAGGGCAGCGACAUCUGGCUGGUACACAGCGCCAGAGCCGACCGCUGAGCAGCUUCCGCCCGCGUUCCGAGAUUUGUUCGAACCUCCGAGUUGCCAGCUUGCCGGUUUCCGCGGCGGUUCGCCGGGCCCUGACGCCUACCGAGCUUCUCCGCCGCCGCACCAUCACUACCGCACGCCCGCCCCUGCCUACUACCAUCACCAAGCUUGCGUGGCAGCCGGACCGGCGCCAGCUCACAAGUCCUACUGA